GACACAGUGACUGUUGUGUUGCCUCUACAGCAAUUAAUGAAACAAACAAAACUUUUUUUACUGAUAUUAUCUCUGUUUUCUUUAUUUAUGUGAUAUCCCCAACAACUAAGGAACAUUAUGUGCAAUUGUAAUGCUUGAACUAAAUGACAACUGCAUGUACUUCACCACCAUCUCCUUUAUAUUUUGUAAUGUUGAUAUUUAUAGACGAAGGCUGUCUCCCUAUUAACAUCUCUAUAUUUAUUUUAACCUCUCUUUAUUUUAUUAUCAGUGGAUUUUCUUUUGUUAUUAUCUAUAUAACGUCAUAUAUCUUGUAUUAUCUCUUUAUUUAGGAAGUGUAUACCCCUAGUCAAAAAACAGGACCUGGGAACAGCAGCUGACUAUGAUCUCAGACCACGUUCAGGCUCAUAGAGUGUUUGGAGAUCCAUUGUACACUCUGGGGCCAGUCCAAGUUGUGCACUCUACAUUGAUUUCAUCUUUUUUUAAAUACAUAAGUGUGCAUUUGUUUCUGUAUUGAAAACUAUUUCUAAAAAGUUAGGUUGUAGACGAAGAAAAAAUAACUAAUAGGCUGAAUGUCAUAAAAGCAGCAGAUGGUGAAUGCAAGUCAUACAACGCCAAGUACUACCUGUCUACAUCAAUAUACAAGAUGUCAAAUCAUUCAAAGUCAUAAAUAAAUCAUUCACAAUAAGUAAAAUAAACUAUUAAAACACAAAACGCACACAAGAUAUAAUUAGGUAUUAAUUCAGUAUGUUAUAAUAUUUUAUUAUUUAUUCUUUGUUCCUGAUGUUAUUAUGUAGCUAUUUAACAAAAUAUAUAUAUUAAAAACUUUUGCUGAAUGUUGGUGUUGUUGACCAGCGGAGGGAGCGCUGAUUCAGAAGCUAACCCGGAAGUGAGGCGGAGAGUGUCUCUUGUCUCAAUAGACGAUCUUCCGGUCGUGACGUUUCACUCGGACCUUUCAGCUAAUUAUGGGGUGGAAGUUGUUGGUUUAUUGCCUCCUGUGGAUCAACUGAGGAAGAUAUGAGAACUCCAAGGAGGCCACUUUCUCCUCUACGACCCGACACCUUGUUGUGAGCCAAGUCUUGGGCGUCCUGAAGCUUACAUCUCAUCCUCAGAGUUGUUCAGAAGAGGAAGGGUAAACUGCAUCAGCGAUGUCCUCCAGACUCUUUGACUCGUCCUUAUGACAAACUCUUGAGGUUGACUGUUAGUUAGAGGGGGAAUCGCUUCGCCUCAGGAGAAAAACCUUACGUCUGAGCCUCAAGGUCUAGGCCCAGUUGUACUGCUGUCACUGCAUCUGUGGCAGCAGUUAUGUUUACUGUCGGUCAGGACUUAUCAAGAACUUGUACGGUGACCAAUAGCCAAUUUUCAACUCUAUUCCACUGGAGCUGACAUUUCACAAGUCAUUCCUACAGAAGAAGCAGAGGGGAGCUACUAGGAGGAACAGGAGGGGGGUCUUUUAGGGAAGAGAACCUUCCUCCACGUCAGGCUUUGGUAUUGUCGCGACUGUUACUCCUAUCCUGCCUAUUAAUCUCCAGCUCAAGACCUCUGGCCCUAAACGUAGCCCGUCAGAAACAACCACAGCUUCAUUGAGCGGUGCCAUGCCCACCAACCAGUCCUCCCCCUGGGAUGGGGCGAAGCUCCGGCCUUGCUCCAACGCAGAUAGUCCCACUACUACAACCUCUGUCAGUACGCAUGCUGAGGCAGUUGUGGCCACUAAAGUGCCUUUUAGUCCGACUUCUCUAGAGCUGUCCAGGAGAAAGGAUCAAGCCAAACCUCCUCUCUCCUCAGAUGUUGCCUCGUCUGCUUCCCCCUUGAGGCAGACAACAGUGGCCCCAUCUGUGUGUUCUGUGGAGGAGAAUGGGUACAGAAAUAAAACAAACGCCCAGAGCCAAUUCACCACAGUGCCAGAUGGGUCUCCAAACCUGCCACAACAACUUAAUGGGAUUCAAAACCCACACCAGAUACUGAAGCAGGCCGCUAGCAGCCUCACAGAACCCAGUGCCCCUUCUUUCAUCCCCACGGAGGAACGUCAGAUUGGGAUUGAUGUCCAGCCGACGGGUAGCACGCAGAAAGGUGUGUCGCUCCAAACCUCGCAGCCUGGAAGCGGUGUAGCAACGAGCAGGCGUCGGGCUGCCACAGCUGAUGUGCAGCUGGGACGGCAGAUUCUUUCUUCAGUUUGUUUUCAAGACCUGUUCAUCGAAGGGCAGCCCGCUCUGCAGCAACCUAACAAGAUGAUGCCUGAAGCUGGAGACUCUUCCUGCUUGCCAUCGGUGCCUCCUCUGUGCCUUACUUUGUGUGACCACCACGGGGCGCCACCGAGGACGGACGCCUCCAGCACUGAGAUAAGAAGCACAACAAGAGAAACGGCAGCUACAAGGAGGAGCCAAUCAGCCAAAGUACCAAAAUGCAGCCCGCCACAAAACAUUAGCACAACAACGACUGCUUCAAACAAUCAGUUGGUGGUGAGAGGGGGUCCGCUGGCAGCAACUACAAACAGCAAACCCCUAACUAUAGCAUCACUAGACCUGAACAAAAAGGGCCCAGAUAGUCAGUGUCCACCAGGAAGCACCUUGUCCACAUGCAGAAGAGUCAGUCUUCCAGAAGCCAGUCCAUGUCCAGACGGCCCCCCACCAACUGUGCUCAGUGCCAAUGUCAGUGCCACACCGCUGGAUGCCACCGCAGCUGCGGCCUCCGGUCCUGCCGGAGCCUCUUUGGGCUCCGUGACCACUCAGAUCUCGGCCAUCCACCUCACCGGGCAGGACCAGCCGGCCUCCGGGUCCGCUUCGCCUCCACUCCCUUCCACACCCUCGCCGACAGAGGACUGUCUGGUUGGAGAGACUCGGCUGUCUGGCCACGAUUGUGUUAUGCAGGUGGAUGGAGUUGAGGAGGAGCUGCCUGAUGAGCUGGAAAAUGCAUGUAGUGAUGACGAUGAUUCAGACUGUUCAUCCAUCGAUGGCACCUCAUCCACAGCGUCCAUCGCUCCCCUUUCUGGUGUCGAGGAGCCGAUGUCAUUGGGGGCCGAAGAUGAUCGAGAGGAGAGACCGGCUUUGGUUCCCAGCUUGUUCGCCUUCAUCGCUCCGACGCUCUACUUCAGCACCGCCGAUGAGAAAGUGGAACUGCUGCCAGCGGAACAAAGACGACUGUUAAAAUGGAAGAUAAGCACCGUCACCCCAAAUAUCGUCAAGCACACCAUCGGCAGGUCGCACUUCAAAGUCACCAAGAAAAGCCACGACUGGUUGGGCUGCUGGGGACACCACAUGAAGUCUCCUGGCUUCAAGGCCCUCGGAGAGCACCAGAAGUUGAACCACUUCCCGGGAACAUUUCAGAUCGGCAGAAAGGACCGGCUGUGGAGGAACCUGUCCAAGAUGCAGGUUCGCUUCGGCAAACAGGAGUUCAGCUUCUUCCCCCGCACUUUCGUCCUUCCUCAGGACAUGAAGCUGCUACGCAAGGCCUGGGAGGACGGCGGCUCCAGGCAGAAAUGGAUCAUCAAACCUCCUGCUUCAGCCAGAGGAAUCGGUAUCCAGGUCAUCCACAGAUGGAGCCAGAUGCCCCGCAAGAGACCACUACUGGUCCAGAAGUACCUUCACAAGCCCUACCUCAUCAGCGGCAACAAGUUUGACCUGCGGAUCUACGUCUACGUGUCCUGCUACGACCCGCUCCGAAUAUACAUCUUCUCUGACGGACUGGUUCGAUUCGCCAGCUGCAAGUAUUCGUCUUCCAUGAAGACUCUGGGGAACAAGUUCAUGCAUCUGACCAACUACAGCGUCAACAAGAAGAACUCCGAGUACCAGACGAACAGCGACGACAAGGCCUGUCAGGGACACAAAUGGGCUUUGAAGGCCCUGUGGCAGUAUCUUGGUUCUAAGGGAGUCAACACCACUCUGAUCUGGGAGAAGAUUAAAGACAUUGUGAUCAAAACCAUCAUUGGGUCAGAACCGUACGUCAACAGCCUGCUGAAGAUGCACGUUCGUGCGCCUUACAGCUGCCACGAGCUGUUCGGCUUUGACAUCAUGCUGGAUGAGAAGCUCAAACCCUGGAUCCUGGAGGUCAACAUAUCACCAAGCCUCCAUUCCAACACAGCGCUGGAUGUUGCAGUUAAAGGUCAGAUGAUCAGAGACCUCCUGAACCUGGCAGGCUUCCGUAUUCCCCAAAAAGAAGACGUGGUCGCCUCCUGCAGUAGCGCCUCCAGCUCCACCAGCAGUCUGUGUGUGGCGACCAGGGAGAGGACCAAGCCAAAUCUGUCUGCUGAUGAGAAGGUGAAACGUGCCUUUUACCUCGCCCAACACUACGCCGAGCAGGACUUCCUCUCUACGGUGUUGGACGUCUUGACUCCAGAGGACGUCCGCGUGCUGGCAGAGAGCGAAGACGAGCUGACUCGUCUCGGACAGUUUGAACGUAUUUUCCCAUCACCGGCGUCGUCCCGCUACCUCCGCUUCUUCGAGUGUCCGAGAUACUUCAACGUCCUGCUGGACCAGUGGGAGCAGAAGUACUGGAGCAACAGGACCAAAGGUAUCAGCCUGCUGACGUCUCUCUGUGAGAAAGGAGUCCAUCUGGGCACCAGUGACCCUCUUCACACGUGGUCCAAGUGUAGCUACAUCUCAAGUUUUGAGCCCCAUAAACAAAACCUCAUUGGCCCCUCCAGAUCAAGGGUGGUGGUCACCCAUCAGCACCGCUCCCACCACGAUGACUACGAUGACGGCUCAGACACGGAGGCGGCUUCCGUCUCCAGCCCGACUGCUUCUCCGAGUCCUGGAUCCAGCCUCGCCAGCAGUGCCUGUGCGAGCCCUCAGCCCGGCCUCACCCAGAGCCUGCCGCCCCAUCAGUUCGCUUCCCUCUGAGACUCUGGUUUGCCAACACGAUGUUCAGUUCCCCAGAACCGACACAAAGCUCAGGGUCUAGGACUGUAUGGAGACCUUUCAUCUCUAGUCGCUCCCAAAGUCUGGAUGAGAGCUGUACUCAGACCUGUAAGCUUCAAGCUCAGUCUGAACAAACACUGUAGAAAGGAGUGGAUUUUGGUCUUGGAAGGAAGUACCAACACUAACUACUAAAAGCUCUUUUGUGCAGAAAAUGGAGGACCUGUUUGCUCUUUUUAGUGCUAAAAUCAAAACGUCAGUUCAUGGCGGUUUACCCUUCCUGGUCUGGAGGUAAACCUCUAUUACUGCAAUGCAAGGCACUUAAAAAGAACAUACCAGUGUUCAUUUUCAUCCUAUUUACUACAAAUCUAUAAUAUGCCAACUUAAGUUCAAAUGUAUUGUGAGCAGCCAGACGUUCAUUCAUUGGUUUCUGUGCGGUAUUAAAAUAAAUCGUCCUGCAGUAACUUGAAACAUGCUGGAGAUCCACAACCCAUCACUGCCAGCUUCUGCUUCAUUUCUCAAAUUUAGAUUUAUGACGUGGUCUUAACCAGGCAGUGAUCAUGCAGCUCAUACAACAACAGGAGCGGACACGACAGGUGUCUGAGUAUUACCUUUUAUCUCAUUAACAUUAUUAGCAUGUGAACACGCUCGUUAAAGCAACGCGUCGGCCAAUCAAGUACGAGACAGAAUGAAAUGACUUUGUGUCAAAGGGUUAUAAUCCACUGAGCCGUGUUUGGCUUCAGAUAGGACCUCACUGGUCCUCGGUACCGAACUUAAACUGUGAAUGAGACACACUGGGCUUCCUCACACUCUCCAUAACAGAGCAACGUUGGCUCAGGCCGUCGGUUUGUAUGUUUUCUGCUCUGGCUUUAGAAAGAAUCCAACACUACCUUACAGAGUAACCAACGACACUAUACGACUGUGAUUUCUCACAGUGUCUUAAAUCUAACACUGUUGUUGGUUCGGUCUUAAGAAGACUGUUGAGCAACAAUCCCAUUCCUCAAACCUCUGUUUGUGUGGAAGUAGAGAGAUACUUACAGACUGACCUCAGAUCACUCGGUCUGACAUGCACGUCAUUAGACAAAACAGGUUACAUUUGUAAUUGUAACUUGGAGCAGUUUAACCCACUGAAGUAAUCUCAUUACAAUGUAUUUAACUUUUAAAAAGGGCUUUGUUUUCUGUGUGACUAUAGUGAUUUUACACACAUAGAAUGAUAAGAAUACUUCUUGUCAGCUGCCAAAUCAAGUGUAUCGAGUGUACGUUCACUAACACAAACUUACCGUGUUUCUACAACGUGUGGGAUGAGGGUUCUGUGUUUGCUGUGUGAGGAGAACCCUGAUAUGAUUUCUUAUUGUGUCCUCAGGACAAAAGUAUCUCCUGUGAGGCGGCUUUUAGAAAAAGAAAACUACUUGAAGUUGCAAAUGUUGUUGUUGUAAUAACCUGACAGGCAGAAGUGGUUGUAGAUGAGAAAGGUGAAGCUGUCGCAUGGAAACAUCUACUUCCUCCUCCUCCAAACAAAGUCGUACCGACGCCAUGUUUUAUAUUUGAGAAGUUCUUCCUGCUGUCAGAAGUUACAGAAAAGUGUGGAAGCUAACUUGUUUACAGAAGAGUUAUAAUUUGCCAGACAUUUAUGUCUUAAUGCAAAUUUUGACACAUUUAAUUGCAUUUUAAAGAAAAAAGGGAUGUGAGGUGGAAGCACAAAGCGGCGUGUGAUCAGAGUCACAGAUGCUCUUCAUGGAGCUCCUGAACUCUAUCGGGGUGAAUCGUUCGUACUGGAGUCCUACUGAAGCCUUCAUCGGGUCCCACUGGACACUACAGCCACACCUGUUAUAAUAAGACUAACGUUACACCUUACUAAGUUCAAUAAUAACACUGGGUUUGAAGUUGUUUUUUAACAUAAAGGAAAUGUUAAAAGUAAGAUGCUCUUAUUUUCUACUAACGUGGCAGUUGUAACCAUGUAUGAUGACUAUUUCAAAAUAAAAGUAAUUUGUGGUACAAUCUCA